AAGCGUUUGCAGGCAGAAUUGGCUGAAAGAAGCUUCCUCAUUUCUGUUUUGAGUAUUAUUGGCGAGUUCGCGUUCGAUUGCCUUAGCAGCUGGUUGGCAGUUCUCGCGUACACCAAAUAUACCCUCUCGAGGAUAAAUACGUUUUGGUUGGAUUUGUUAAGUGUUUAGGCAAAAUGACCGCAGAUAUAAAUAAAGGCCCGUUGCUUGGCCAACGACAUCUACAAGUCUUCCUGCUGUUCACCUCGAUUGUGGUGAAUUAUGUUGCAAAAUUUAACGCCAGUGUUGCUGUUGUUGCCAUGACAGAUGCCGCAACGACGAAUCCUGACUUUCCGGAAUAUGAUUGGACCGAUUUACAAAAGUCAUAUAUUCUGUCGAGUUUUUUUUGGGGUUAUUUCAUCACGCAAUUUCCCGGCGGUUAUCUGUGUAGACGCUUUGGCGCCAAACGCACUAUGCUUGUGUCAACACUGGGCUCUGCAGUUAUGGGUCUUUUGCCGCCGUUAUGUGUCAGUUGGGGCGGUUGGGGUAUCUACUGUGGUAUACGUGUUGUUCAAGGCUUCUUUCAGGGCUUUAUGUUUCCCUGUGUGCAUGCACAUCUCGCCGCCUGGUGUCCGGUGAGCGAACGCAAUCGUUUGGGUGCGCUAGCCAAUACGGGCAUCGAAUGUGGUACGCUGCUCUCUAUGUUCAUAAGUGGAUUGAUUGCGGCUUCGAGCAUCGGUUGGCCGGGUCUAUUUUAUUUUGGCGGUGGCGUGGGUUUAGUUUGGUGUGUCGCUUGGAUAUUUUUAGCUGCCAAUGAACCGAGCCAAUCGAAAUUUAUUACAACCGAAGAACUCAAUUAUAUUAACGCUGAAAAGACUGUCACAAAGGAGUUGGAGGCGGGCGAAGUGCAACGUAAGGUGCCAGUGCCAUGGCGUGCUAUUCUAACAUCGCUGCCAUUGUGGGCCUUAGUGAUUGCACGUUCGGCGCAUUCAUGGGGUUUCUCGACGCUACAGGCGGAAAUCCCCUCCUACAUGAAGGGUGUACUUGAUAUGGACAUGAAGAAAAAUGCUUUCUACUCGGCGCUGCCAUACUUGGCGAUGUGGUGCAUGUCUUAUGUGUAUCUGAUUGUGUCCGAUGUGCUGCUCAAUCGUAAUAUACUCUCACUCACUGCCUUACGCAAGACAUUCAACACACUGGCACUGUGGGCGCCAGCUGCGGGUCUGAUUGCUGUCGGCUUUUUGAAUAAAGAUCAAACAACACUGGCGAUAGUGCUGAUGACUGCCAAUGUGGGUGUAAAUGCAGGUUCAACCAUCGGCAGCGCUUUGAACACCAUCGAUCUGUCGCCGAAUUAUGCGGGCAUCCUCAUGGGUAUCGUGAAUUCAGCGGCUAAUGUGAUACCGAUACUCACGCCACUGCUGGUUGGUGUGAUAGUUACAGAGAAUGAGAGUCGCACGCAGUGGCAAAUAGUGUUCAUCAUAGCGGCGGCCGUUUUCUUCUUCGGUAAUUUGUUCUACCUUAUCUUCGGUAGAAUGGAAUUACAGCCAUGGGACAAUCCCGAUUUCUUGCUGCCCAAAAGCGUGGUUGACGUGAAACCACCAGCGGAGAAGAGCGAAAAGUCAGAGCUGGAUGAAAAACCUAGAAAAAGUAUCACGUAAAAAGAAUUGCCGUUAGUGUAGUAAAGUGUGUUGCCAGUGUCGAUGUAUGUAAAUAUGUUAAUAUAGAGUUAGUUGUAAUAAAUAACGCUAAAUAUUAUAAGACAAAAAUAUACAAAUUUUGAAAAA